AUGAAGAUUACCUCCCAUCAUCUGAUGAUAAGCAGUCUCGUUUUCAGGUCCAACCUCAGGCUGAUCCCGCUUCUGCUGCUGUUUCUUGGUUACUCUCGCGGGAUGCCACACGUUUUAAGAUUUGGAGGAAUAUUCGAAUCCAUUGAGAGUGGGCCCUCCGGAGCAGAGGAACUAGCCUUUAAAUUUGCCUUGAACACAAUCAACAGGAACCGCACAUUGCUCCCCAACACCACACUGACCUAUGACAUCCAGAGAAUAAACAUCUUUGACAGCUUUGAGGCCUCCCGGAAAGCAUGUGACCAGCUUUCCCUCGGAGUGGCGGCCAUUUUUGGCCCCUCACACAGCUCGUCGGCGAAUGCAGUCCAGUCCAUCUGCAACGCUCUGGGAGUGCCCCACAUCCAGACCAAGUGGAAGCAUCAAGUGUCAGACAACAGGGACUCGUACUAUGUCAGCCUGUAUCCCGACUUCUCCUCCCUCAGCAGAGCCAUCCUCGACCUGGUGCACUUCUUCAAAUGGAGGACGGUCACCGUGGUCUACGACGACAGCACAGGUACAGGUCUCAUUCGACUGCAGGAGCUGAUCAAGGCGCCGUCACGAUACAACAUCCGUUUGAAGAUCCGACAGCUGCCCACGGAGACCAAGGACGCCAAGCCACUUCUGAAGGAGAUGAAGAAGGCGAAGGAGUUCCACGUCAUCUUUGAUUGUGGACACGAGAUGGCUGCCUGGAUCCUGAAGCAGGCCCUGGCCAUGGGGAUGAUGACUGAGUACUACCAUUAUAUUUUUACUACCCUGGACCUCUUCGCCCUCGACAUGGAGCCGUACCGAUACAGCGGAGUCAACAUGACCGGGUUCCGCAUCCUCAACACGGAAAACUCUCAGGUGUCGUCAAUCAUCGAGAAGUGGUCGAUGGAGCGGCUACAAGCCCCGCCCAAACCGGACUCGGGCCUGCUGGAUGGAUUCAUGACAACGGAUGCGGCGCUGAUGUAUGACGCCGUGCAUGUGGUGGCAGUGGCAGUGCAGCAGUCGCAGCAGAUCACCGUCAGCUCUCUGCAGUGCAACCGCCACAAGCCGUGGCGCUUUGGAGGACGUUUCAUCAACCUUAUCAAAGAGGCUCACUGGGAUGGUUUGACAGGACGUGUUCUCUUUAACAAGACCAACGGACUGAGGACAGAUUUUGACCUAGAUGUCAUCAGUCUGAAGGAGGAGGGACUGGAAAAGAUUGGAACAUGGGAUCCUCCCAGUGGUCUGAAUAUGACAGAGACUCACAAAAGCAAGACAUCCAACAUCACCGACUCUCUGGCUAACAAAUCCCUGCGUGUAUCCACCAUUCUGGAGGAGCCGUAUGUGAUGUUUAAGAAGUCGGACAAGCCUCUGUAUGGUAACGACCGCUUUGAGGGCUACUGCAUCGACCUGCUGAGGGAGCUCUCUGGCAUCCUGGGUUUCCGCUACGAGGUGCGAUUAGUGGAGGACGGGAGGUACGGAGCGCUGGAUGAGAGCACGGGCCAGUGGAACGGCAUGGUGCGCGAGCUCAUGGACCACAAAGCGGACCUCGCAGUCGCCCCUCUGGCUAUCACCUACGUCAGAGAAAAGGUCAUCGACUUUUCCAAGCCCUUUAUGACGCUGGGGAUAAGUAUCCUGUACCGCAAGCCCAACGGCACCAACCCCGGGGUCUUCUCCUUCCUCAACCCCCUCUCGCCCGAUAUCUGGAUGUAUAUUCUGCUGGCUUGCUUGGGUGUCAGUUGUGUGCUGUUUGUCAUAGCCAGGUUUAGCCCUUACGAGUGGUACAACCCGCAUCCAUGCAACCCAGACUCGGACGUGGUGGAAAACAAUUUUACCCUGCUCAAUAGUUUCUGGUUUGGAGUUGGGGCUCUCAUGCAGCAAGGCUCAGAGCUCAUGCCCAAGGCCCUGUCGACUCGAAUAGUGGGAGGCAUCUGGUGGUUCUUCACCCUCAUCAUCAUUUCCUCAUACACGGCCAACUUGGCUGCCUUCCUCACUGUGGAGAGGAUGGAGUCGCCCAUAGACUCGGCAGACGACCUCGCCAAGCAGACUAAGAUCCUGUAUGGGGUGGUGGAGGACGGUGCCACCAUGACGUUCUUUAAGAAGACCAAAAUCUCCACCUAUGACAAGAUGUGGGAGUUUAUGAACAGCAGGAGGCAAUCUGUGAUGGUCAAGAACGUGGAGGAAGGCAUCCAACGCGUCCUGACCUCGGACUACGCUUUCCUCAUGGAGUCCACCACCAUCGAGUUUGUCACCCAGCGCAACUGCAACCUCACGCAGAUUGGAGGCCUCAUAGACUCCAAAGCCUACGGAGUGGGAACGCCGAUGGGCUCUCCCUACAGAGACAAGAUCACGAUAGCCAUUCUGCAGCUGCAAGAGGAAGGGAAGCUGCACAUGAUGAAGGAGAAGUGGUGGAGAGGCAACGGCUGUCCCGAGGAGGAGAGCAAAGAGGCCAGCGCUCUGGGAGUGCAGAACAUCGGCGGGAUCUUCAUCGUGCUGGCUGCCGGACUGGUGCUGUCAGUGUUUGUGGCUGUGGGGGAGGUCCUGUACAAGUCUAAACAGAAUGCACAGCUGGAAAAGGUACAGCAGGCUUCUUCUGACGCAUACCGAGAAUUAAAACAUCUGCCAUAA